UAGAGAAAAGUAGAAUUAAAAGAAAGUAGAAGUUGGUGAAUGAAUGAAGAUAAGAAAAGGAAAAGGGUGAGACAAGUCAGUAAAUCACGCCGCUUACUAACCACCGAGUAGUGCUGCUGCUUCCUCAUAAAUUAAAUGCUUGUUCCAUCCACACGCUGCAAGCAAUUAAUCUGCAACAUUUUUCUCUGUUUUUUCUCCCGGCAAAGCGUUAAUCUCACUCAGUACUCAUUCUUCCUUCUACCACUGUGCUGCAUGUAUAUGCUAUAUGAUAUGUCUGGCCCAGCAAGCACACGUUCAGAACAAAGAAAGCUACAAGUAUAACUAAUGAAACAGAGAAAUGUGGUGACAGCCUUUUAGCAGGAUGAAGCAUUGAGCCUGAGCAUAAUCAAUAAGGUUACGUGCCGCACAUAAAUCCUAGGAAGUUUGCAGGUUUUGACAAUUUUCGACUUUUGCAGGUUAAGCAGAUUGAGAGCACUUCAGAAAUCAGAAUGAAAGUUGGGUUUAAAAGUGCCAAAGCUAGAAGCUUUUGCACGGUCUCUGUUGCCUCGCUCUUUGCCAUGCUUUUAGUGAGGGAUGUGAUAAUUCACAGGGAAGGUGAGAGGGACGCAGGCAUUGCAGAGAUGUUUUUCUCCAAAGGAAACCGAACAGUAAUCACCUCACGAAAGCUGCUGCAAUCUGCUGAUGAUGGGGGCUUGAACCAUAUAGGAACGGUGUGCUCAAAGGAGGAGAUAGUGAUAUAUCAGGGGGAAGUGCCCCCUCUUCCCACGGGGAUUCCUUCGUACACAGUUCAAAUAAUGAACAUGUGCGCCAGUGAUUGCGACAUAGCAAACAUACGCCUCCACUGUGGGUGGUUCAGUUCAGCACGUUUGAUAAACCCCAAAGUGUUUCGCAGAAUGGGAUACGAUGAUUGCCUAGUCAAUGAUGGAAAACCUCUUGCCUCAGGAAAAACCGUCUCCUUUCAAUAUUCCAACACUUUUCGCUACCCUCUCUCCGUUUCAUCUGUUGUUUGCUCCCCAUGAGUAACGACCAUCAGCCACCAUGUACUUGUAACUUGAAACACCCGUUAAACACACAUUAUAGUCUACAAGACAAGAGGAGAAGGAUGAUUUCAUGGAGGUUUUUUACCUCCCUAAG